AUGUGUGUAAAGAAAAUAAAAUUUUCUCACCCUCAUCCUGUAGUUGCUUCAUCAUCAGUUCCCUUGUUGGGAGUUUCCGAUCGUUGUGAGCCAAAGAACAUUAAGCGUCUCCGUUCUGGAGACCUGCUUAUAGAUACCGUUUCAGCCACCCAGUCUGCUUCACUUUUGAGUCAAACCAAUUUUGGACAAGUACCUAUAACUGUGUCAGCACACAAAACACUUAACUACUGUAAAGGUGUGAUCUCGGAAAUCGACCUUAUGCUUGUUUCAGAAGAAGAGUUGGUUUCUGAGUUGGCUGACCAAAAGGUUUGUGCUGCUAAGCGGAUCAAGAUGCGUAAGGAAGGUCAGUUGAUCGACACAAAACACGUGAUCCUGACCUUCAAAUCGCCUGAUCUGCCAAAGAAUAUAAAGGCUGGGUAUCUAAACUGCCCCGUAAGACCGUAUAUUCCCAACCCAAUGCGAUGCUUCCAAUGCCAGCGGUUUGGUCACUCUGAAACAUCCUGUCGUGGCAGCCUGACGUGUGCUCGAUGCUCGUCGGUUGGUCACGAUAGUGAAAAUUGCACUGCUGCUGCAUUGUGUGUAAAUUGCAAAGGCGAUCAUCCGGCAUUUUCUCGUUCUUGUCCAAAAUGGAAAACAGAAAAGGGAGUACAGACGACAAAAGUCACUAGAAACAUCUCCUACGCAGAAGCCAGAAGGCUGGUUCAAAGCACACAGCUUCAACCAAACAGAUCAUAUGCUAGUGCCGUUAAAGCAACAGGACCGUUGCAAUCAAACAUUGAUAAUGCACAGAUUCCUCCAAACAAACCCCCUCAGGGGGCUCACUUUU